ACGACGACUAUGCAGUGUUUCGUUUGGAAAUAACUCAAAGCCAGAAAGAAAACAGGACAUUGCGGAGGAAACUACUGGAAGUUAAGGUGGCACGGGAGCGCGCAGAGAGGACAUUGCGAGAGCGCGUCCUCGCCAGUCGUCCCAGCAGUAUCAAGAUCCUCGACAGAUACAGAGGAAUAGCAAGAGGUGAAGGACAUCUCACUGGAGGACACAGGAGCUUUGUGAAGACAGCGGCACACAAUACAUGGAGAGAUGACCAACCAAUCACUGUUGAUGAGGGGAGUGGAACCUCAACCCAGCACGUUAUCAUGAUAGAGUCUGCAGAUGUAGAGGCUGCAGGUCCUGGAAGAUCGUCUCUGGUCAAGCAGGAGAGGACUGAAGGAGAGCACCCACGACACAGCAGAGACAUCCAGACUGGAGCAGCGGCUGUACUGGUGACCCCUGCAGCUACGGAUCACCUAUCCACCGCCGUGCCCCAGCCCAGGACGCGAUGCAGCAUCACGGAGGUCAGUGGAACGCCGAACGCCGCCCUCAAGUCAGAGAUGGACACAGAGACUUUAGUUUUAAAACAAAGGCUUUUACACACAGGAUCUGACCACAGGUCAGACCCAGAGAGACUGGGCUGUCCACUUGCUUCCGGCUCAGAGUAUUUACUUCACGGUAACCCGAGACCGAGGACGGUUCAUUCCCAUCGGGACUCAGGUGACACUAUAGAGACUGGCAAUGAUCCGUCUUGUUCUUACACAACAGAGAUUGACCCUGACAACAUGCCCUUAGGUUUAGAGACACAGACUGAUCUGUCUAGAGCGGAUUGGAACCAGUACAGUAGUAGUGUAUACUCUGAAGGGUGCCUAGAUAAGAAAGGGGAGGUUAUAGUGGUAGAUGAGUUGACUGUGAAAGUGGAGGACGACACUCCUCUGACAUGGAAUGUAGACGAGACUCACUUAGGAGAAGGACACUCACAAGGCAGAGAUUUCUUAGAUUACAGGGGAAGCUUAAAGACGAAUCUAAAUGUCGCCACCCAUUCCCCUUUACACGCGUUCAGGGAUCGCGACUCAGUGUCCACGUCGAUGGCACCUUCCGAUUCACAUGGCAGUGUCUUUUUCGAUCAGGUAUUGAACUCAAACGACAGGGCUAGAGCCCAGGCUCAGGGAGGGGGAGCCACAUCAGGUAAUAGUAAAGAGAAACGGUUCCUCUGCAUGUUCUGCAACAAAGGCUUCAGCUGCCCCCAGAAGGUGGAGCUCCACCAGAGGGUCCACACAGGGGUGAAACCCUUCAGCUGCCCCCAGUGUCACAUGCGCUUCGCCCUGGCUGGCAACCUGAAGAGACACCAGAGGGUCCACACAGGGGAGAAACCCUUCAGCUGCCCCCAGUGUGAGAAGAGGUUCUCCCAGGCUGGUGACCUGAAGAGGCACCAGAGGGUCCACACAGGGGAGAAACCCUUCAGCUGUACCCAGUGUCACAUGCGCUUCGCCCUGGCUGGCAACCUGAAAAUGCACCUGAAGGUCCACACGGGAGAAAAGCCGUUUGCCUGUACACACUGCGGAAAGAGUUUCUCAGAGAGGAGCUACCUCAGUAUACACCUGCAGAAAAACCAUUCCACUCUAUAACAUAGAAAGGAACCA